AUGGCUGAGCUCGGCCCACUUUGUUCCCCACGGGAACGCACUGUUACCGAACUUGCACGAAUGCUCGAUGAGGAUCGAGUCAUACAUGUGAGAGGCACGCCUGCUUCUGGAAAAAGUACCCUGGCCAAUCUACUCGCUCGCAAUUACCGCCAGAAGAAAAUCCCGGUCAUCGCGUUUAACUGCUGGAGAGAUACUUGGGAUUACAGGCAAAAGAUUACCGAGCAAGCAAGUCUCCGAGGCUACGAGCAGUUUGAUGAUUACGAAUUUGUCAACCAUGGUGACUAUGUCCUCAUCUUUGACGAAGGACAGAUGACUUACGGCGAUGAUGCUUUGUGGAUUGGUCUGAUCAAAAACCAGAGUGGAUCACGAUAUCAUGGACCAAGGAUCUGUCUGUUCUCAUCAUAUGGGAGUGCUACAGAGGGACCGGAUAUAGACGUACUGGAUUCAGUGUACAGAAGGGCCAGUCCUUUGGCAUACCUCGGGGCACAGCAAAGAGUAUCAAUUACACCAUCAUCGAUCAAAUUCUCUCCAAAAAUCGCCCUGUUUUACAACUUGGAGGAGUUUGAAGAAAUUGUUGGACUCUUCUGCAGCCAAAAGAGUGGAUUCCCACAGCUCCGACUGGACGAAACGGCGCGUGAGUACAUCUAUGAUAUCAGCAAUGGCCACCCCGGUGCAGAAUACCAUAGUGACCUGAAGCACCAAGAUCUCGUGAUUGAUGACACUAUGGUCAUCAACAGUCUAGAUGAUGAAGGAAAGGCGUUUAACCAUAUCAAACCCCUCCCAAUUAGCCGCUCGUUCCCUGUGGCGAACAUACAAAAAGUCUCCUCCGAGGCUGCAGACAUCCUUCGUAAGGCUUUAUCAGAGGGAAAUGUGGAGCGUGAUUUGAAUAACCCAGGAUUAAGGCAAUGCUACGAAAAAGGUUGGCUUCAUUCAGAGCCAUUGGAUUGUGAUGCGGGGGACACAGUCUGUGUGUUCCCCACGAGACUACAUGCAAACGGGAUCGGACAUUUUGGCAAUGCAGCCAUUAUCCGACUAUAUGAAGCAACAUAUCAAGAUGAGUUUUACCGUGCGGCACACCAGGUCCUCGGCUACUCUAUGAACGUGACUAGCGAGUGGUCUUCAAAGGGCAAAAGCCGCAUCGACUUUCGGUUUGCUCAAGUCGCAUGGGGCGUCGAGUUGUUGAGAGAGGGAGACCAAAUUCAGGAGCACUGUCAGCGAUUCUAUCCUGGAGGAACUUACGCACCUUGGAUUGCUGAAGGAUCAAUUAAAGAUUGGCUAGUCAUCGACUGUCGAACAACACGACCAAACCCUAAUGGUGAGAACCGGAACAGCCCAUAA